AUGGCUAAUAUAAGAAAAGAUGCUGUCAACAUCUGGCUACCCGAGAAUUUUGCAGCGGUGAAGGAUGGCGGAAGCAGCAGAGGAUACAUUGAGAGCCAUGUGAUCGGGCCAGCCGCCGUCCAUCUGGCGAGUCCCCUCGCCCACACCAUGACGCAUGAGGUGGUCGAGGACGACCAGGCUGGUCCUGCCGUGUAUAACUUCGAGUGGCAGGCGGUGGAUGCGGGCAAGGCACUCUUCGCCAAUCAGCAGGAGUCCCGGAAUGAGGAUAACCUCCGAGGCCAAUACUCAGUGCUGGGAGCCGAUGGCGUCCUCCGCACCGUCAAAUACACCGUCGAAGGAGAUGAGGGAUUCAAGGCGGAAAUCACCAACGAGGAGGGUAGAGGCCCCGUCCAGAAGGCACGAACGCAUCAGGCAUCAACAAAAACCGUCGCCACCCACUCCGGCAUCGGACAUACGUCAUACGUCCAUCCUUCAGUCUCCUCCAAAGAUCACACCGUCGUUGUCCGCACCGAAGAGAAGACACAUGGCUCCCCCUCUACUUCACAUGUCGAGGAUGACCAGGCCGGUCCUGCCGUGUAUAACUUCGAGUGGCAGGCGGUGGAUGCGGAUAAAGCGCUCUUUGCCAAUCAGCAGGAGUCCCGGAACGAGGACAACCUCCGAGGCCAAUACUCAGUGCUGGGAGCCGAUGGCGUCCUCCGCACCGUCAAAUACACCGUCGAAGGAGAUGAGGGAUUUAAGGCGGAAAUCACCAACGAGGAGGGUCGAGGCCCCGUCCAGAAGGCACGAACGCAUCAAGCAUCCGCAAAAACCGUCGCCACCCACUCCGACAUCGGACAUACGUCAUACGUCCAUCCUUCAGUCUCCUCUAAAGAUCACACCGUCGUUGUCCGCACCGAAGAGAAGACACAUGGCUCCCCCUCUACUUCUCAUGUCGAGGAUGACCAGGCCGGUCCUGCCGUGUAUAACUUCGAGUGGCAGGCGGUGGAUGCGGACAAAGCGCUCUUCGCGAAUCAGCAGGAGUCCCGGAACGAGGACAACCUCCGAGGCCAAUACUCCGUGCUAGGUGCCGAUGGCGUCCUCCGUACUGUCAAAUACACUGUCGAAGGAGAUGAGGGAUUCAAGGCGGAAAUCACCAACGAGGAGGGUAGGGGCCCCGUCCAGAAGGCACGAUCGCAUCAAGUAUCCACAAAAACCGUCGCCAGCCACACCGGUAUCGAACACGCUUCGUACGGCCAGCCUUCCAUCGCCUCCAAAGAUCACACCGUCGUCGUCCGCACCGAAGAGAAGACGCGUGACACCGCCGCUCCAUCUACUUCCUACAGUGCACCUCCCUCCUAUGGUGCACCUGCUUCCUAUGGUGCACCUGCUUCCCCCGUUCAGUUCGGUUAUUCAGGCAGCGGUGGCGUCGCCGUCCCGUCUAAUUCCUAUGGAGUCCCUGCGUCGAUGGUCCAUAUUACUAAUUGGGGCAGUGACGGCGUCGCCGGCCCGUCUUCCUCCGGCGGAAAGCCGUCCGCCGGCCACCGCCCUGGCUCUUUUGUCUGCACCGACCAUUUCGUCGCCGAACUUUGA